AUGGCUCCCCUGGCCGCAGACCCCCGCCAGCUCGUGGUGGUCCUUAACCCGGCUCGCCGCAAAGCGUUCUAUACCCUCCUCUUCGAUAUCACGGGCUACAUGCGCUCGCAGCUCGAGCUCAAAGACGGCGGCGACCAAGCAGCAGAUUCCAGCGGCAAUCCGGCAUCGCCGUCACUCCAGGAGAGGAACGCCCCGCUCUUCGUCCGGGACCGCGGCGACGGACGCAGCAGCAGCCCCAGCCACCCGGACCGCGGCGGUUCCGGCGUGCACAGCGCUCAGCUGCGGGCCCUGAGGAGGGCGGCGCUCAAGCACUUUGACGGGUGGCGGAAGGAGGUCCUCGAGAAGGUCAAGGGAAUUGUCUCGGUUAAGGACGAUGACAAGAUCCUCGAGGCCAGGAAGAAGCGCUUAGAUGAGCAGGAGAAGCUGAACGCAGAGUCUCCCGGCGUCGGAGAGGAUUUGAUCAACUUUGGAGAUGCUUCUCAGACUGCUUCUUCUUCUUCUCCGGCGGCGAACAAGGUCGACGAGGAGGUGGCCGCACUGCAGGAGCAUUACCAUCCCAUUCCGAGCCGGUUCACCACGAUCCCGGCGAAUGAUAGGAAAGAGGUGCUAAGCUGCCUCUUGGUUCUCAUCUUGUCUACCGGUUGCUACUCAGCACACUCCAGAGUCUUGGCCCUGUAUCUCACGUCCGCCUUCGGUCUGCCUCUCUCGGCCCUCAUCGCCGAGGAGACGGAAAUCGCAAAGUCUCUGGUUGAAUCUGCGACCUCUUCCGAAGGUCAAAAGGCCACCAUGUCCGCCGAGGCCGAGGCCGCGAAGCGACGACAAGAGAACCAAAAGAGCCGUUUCUGGAAAGUCGGCCUAGCCUCCGUGGCAGGCGCCGCCGUCAUCGGCAUCACGGGUGGUCUCGCGGCCCCUGUGGUCGCCGGCGCCAUCGGCGGCAUCAUGGGCAGCGUCGGCCUGGGAGGCAUGACGGGCGAGAUGAUGGAUACCUACGCCAAGGAGGUGGAAGACUUCCGCUUCCUCCCGCUCAAGGACGAAUGGGGCCAGGACUAUAAACGCGCUGACCCGGACGGCAAGCAGGGUGCCCGCCUCCGCGUGACGAUUGGCAUCAACGGCUGGCUGAAUGACGAGGGCGAUGUGACGAAGCCGUGGCGCAGCUUGGGUGAUGAGUCCGAAGUCUUUGCCUUGCGCUACGAGAUGAAGUCACUUCUCGCCCUCGGUGCUGAGCUCGAGGGUCUCGUCUCGUCGUACGCGUGGAACUAUGUAAAGAUUGAGAUCCUCAAGCGCACUGUCCUUGCUUCGCUCUGGGCUGCUCUGUGGCCCGCCUACCUCAUCAGCGCCGCUUCAAAGAUUGACAACCCCUUCAACCUGGCCCGCAACCGUUCAGACAAGGCCGGUCGCGUUCUCGCUGAUGCUCUCAUCGCCAAGGUCCAGGGAGAAAGACCCGUGACUCUGGUCGGAUAUUCGCUCGGCGCUCGCGUCAUCUACUCUUGUCUGCGAUCACUCGCUGAACGUCAGGCUUUCGGGCUAGUCGACACCGUGGUGCUCAUCGGUGCCCCCGUGCCGUCCAACCGGGAGCACUGGCAGGUCCUGCGGUCCGUGGUGUCGGGCCGCAUCGUCAACGUGUACUCGGAAACGGACUACAUUCUCGGCUUCUUAUACCGUACCACCUCUCUCCAGCUAGGCAUCGCAGGUCUCCAGGAAGUCAAGGACAUUGAAAGAGUCGAGAACCUGAACCUCAGCGCAGAAGUCAGCGGGCACCUCCGCUACCCGAGCUUGAUCGCCAAGAUCCUGACACGAUGCGGAUUCCCGAAUGUCAAGGGCGGCGAGGGCGUUAUAGAAAAGGACGAAGACCUAGAUAUCAAGAUUACGGAUGAGGAGGCGGGUUCGCAGAUGGGCGAGCUUAUCCAGCUCGAGGCGCAACCUGAUCCGGAGUCGGAGCCGCAGCCGAUCAGAUCCAAGCAGACCGCCAGGUUCCCGAACGAGCUGCGUCACCCGUUACAUCCUGACCCACCUGAACAGAAGAAGAAAAAGAACCCGAACCGGAACAAGGUCUCUAGAUCUGGUGGUGCAACCGUUUCGGGGUCUUUCGAUCCUUUGGGAGGCGGAGGCGGCGACCCCUUGAACCUGAGAAGUCUUGGCCAGGCAAAGCAGGGACCGCGGUCGCCUCACCACGAGGAGCUCCGUAGUCUAGGCUCUCCACCUCCUGAGAAACAAGAGGCGAGGAGCGCUCAGCCUGCUGAUCCCCUGAAUCUCAGGGCUCUGGGGGCAAAGAACGAAAACCCAGUUCCUACUGCUGUCGAAAAUGAUCCAAGUCAGCCGGGCAAAGAACCAGAGCUUCCUCCCAGGCCUUCUGCCAUCCACUCGUUCCAGAGCGAUGGUGCUAUAGACUUGCACCGCCGUCCGGGACUGCCAAUCAGGCCCAAGACCUUCCCUGUUCCUGUUCAAGAGGAAGAGGAUGAUGAUAGCGAUGACGAGAGCUUCAAGGGAAUUCAGCUGGUUGACAAUGAAGACAUGACGAGUUACUCGGAGCCCUUGAGGGCGGACGACUAG